AACGCUCCUUAUCAGUGUCUCCAAAUGACCGGUGCGUGACGACUGUGGCCGGAAUGUAUAAAACCGUGUUUGCGGCCACUGCAGGUUUACAUGUAGAUACAAUGACAAUGAAGAUACUUCUGGUUGCCUACCUGGUCUCUCUUGCCAUUCUGCAAGGGGUGGAGUCAGACACAAUCGCCUGCACGGGUACCCAUCGUUACCACGCCACAGGCACCGCCUACUAUCCGGACCCUAGUCCUCUGGAGGGAGGAUACGUUGAUAUGCAUGACACGCCCUUACAAACACUUCAGGCUUACCUUGAAGGAAAGGCCUCCGUGGUUACUGUUGCUAUGGACAAUCACGCCGGUAUUCGUUAUGACACACCCGUCUGCAUUCCAGAACUGAACCAUAAGUACAAUCGAUUCAUCGAUUUCAGGGUGCGUGACACCGGAAGUGCAUUCACAAACAAGGGCCACUCGAGAAUCGACAUCUGCGUUCGCACUCGUCACGACUCGUACGAUAAUACGAUCAAUGGGCCAUUGACGCUUGUUUUCCAUUGAUGAUAUAUAAAAUUAUAUAGUAUA